UAAUUAUACAGCCCUACUUUUGUCUUACAUAAUAAAAAUGGCACCAAAGAUUCCAAAAUUCAACUUCAGAGUCAGGGUUAAUCUUUUUGACUUCCUUUCAGAUCUACAGUUUCCAGGACAUGUUAGUGGCUGAGAAUCCAAAGUUGGUCAGCAAGACGGUGAUCGGUCAGAGCUAUGAGGGUCGUCUGCUUAAUGUUCUCAAGUUCAGCACUGGUGGGAGCAACCGUCCCGCUAUCUGGAUCGACACUGGAAUCCACGCCAGAGAGUGGGUCACUCAGGCCAGUGGCGUUGUGUUCGCCAAGAAGAUUGUGACAGAAUAUGGAACAGACUCUGCUCUCACUGAAAUCCUUAACAGAAUGGAUGUUUUCUUAGAGAUGGUGGUCAACCCUGAUGGAUACCACUUCACCCACACCAACAACCGAAUGUGGCGUAAGAACAGGAAGCAGAAUCGGGGCUCCACGUGUGUUGGUGUGGACCUAAACCGGAACUGGAAUGCUGGGUUUGGAGGACAUGGUUCCAGCAACAAUCCAUGCUCAGAGAUCUAUCGUGGAACCAGGGCUCAUUCUGAGCCUGAAGUCAAGUCCAUUGUAAACUUUGUGAGGUCACACGGCAACAUCAAGGCCUUCAUCUCCAUCCAUUCCUACUCACAGAUGCUUUUGUUCCCCUACGGUUACACCAGGAAACCUGCCAAAGACCAGGCUGAGCUGGACCAAGUUGCUCAAAAGGCCAUCACUGCUCUGGCCUCCUUGUAUGGCACCAGCUACAGAUAUGGCAGCAUCAUCACCACUAUCUACCAAUCUAGUGGAGGCUCCAUCGACUGGACCUACAACCAGGGAAUCAAGUACUCCUACACCUUUGAACUGAGGGACACCGGCCACUUUGGCUUCAUCCUUCCUGCCAAUCAAAUUGUUCCCACUGCCAAUGAGACAUGGCUGGCUCUGAAGGUCAUUAUGGAUCACACCUUCAAGAACCCGUACUAAAAGAACAGAGUGAAAGCCUUGAGGCCUUCCAUGUAGUUUUAUUUGCAAAUAUAAAACAAAGAAAAUAAAAAUGCAUACAUUAAAAUAAA